AUGACAGAAUUAUAGUCCAAUUAAUUAAUUUUGAAAAUAUCCUUACCUGGUAAGCAAACGACUUCUUUCAAUUUGGUUUCUGGUGGAGCAGUUGCACAUUUCAUUGGCAUAUAUAGCCAUCGACUCUUCAUCAUCAUCAAAUCCCGCAAAAUUACCGUUUCCAGCUGAGAAUCUAGCUCCGCCUCCAUGUCGAUGACGGAUUCCUUCUUCAAACAGCGAUUCAACGCCGCCAAAUGUAAAACUUUGCUGAAACUCACGAUUCCUCGGAUUAAAUUACUGAGGAAUCGGAGAGAGGCUCAGCUGAAGCAGAUGAGGAAGGAAAUUGCCAAUCUGCUUGAAACUGGUCAAGAGGCCACUGCUCGAAUUCGGGUAGAGCAUAUCAUAAGAGAAGAGAAGAUGAUGGCUGCACAAGAAAUAGUUGACCUCUUUUGUGAGCUCAUUGCUGUUCGUCUUCCAAUCAUUGAAGCACAGAGGGAAUGCCCUCUAGACUUGAAGGAGGCGAUUUCUAGUGUAUGCUUUGCAGCACCAAGGUGUGCCGAUCUACCGGAGUUGCUACAGGCACAACAAUUGUUUACAGGAAAAUAUGGCAAAGAAUUCGUAAUUGCUGCCACUGAGCUUAUGCCCGAAUGUGGUGUCAAUCGCCAGUUGGUGGAGCUUUUAUCAAUUCAAGCUCCUGCACCUGAUGUAAAACUUAACCUUUUAAAGGAAAUUGCCAAAGAGCAUCAGCUCGAUUGGGAUCCUAGCGCUACCAAAAAUGAACUGUUAAAGCCACAUGAAGAUUUACUGAAUGGGCCAUCGCAGUUCGUCAGUGCUUCAAAAAUGCCCCUUCCAAAAGAGAAGCACGACGAGACAACAUACACUGUACCAGAACCUGCCACCCACGAACAAUCUGACUCGGAUUCAGAUUUUGACAUAGUAGAUUUUCCAGAAGUUCCUGUGCAACCGUUACAGCCUAAAAAGGCCGUUGUCUCAAUACCAGUCAUGCUGCAUUUCCCGGAAUCUGCACUAUCAGACGAUUAUCAAGAAGAAGCAGACAAACUGGAGUCUGGCAAUGUGAGUCGGGAGAAAUCAGUUGCAAAGGAAGAUGCAUCACUGAAUAUCCAAACAGGUGCUACAGAAGCUAAGCAGUUCGUGCCAUUCAUAUCCCCUCCAACUCAAUCAUCAGAAACUGUUGCUGCAACCGUGAGAGAGAGCAGUCCACCUCCAGCUAUAAAGAUGUACGAUGAUCACGUGGAUUUUCAAGUUGUACGUGCUGCUGCUAGGGACGCUGCUGAAUCAGCCAAGCGUGCUGCAGCAUCUGCACGCUCAGCUGCUGAAUCAGCCGAGACAUCUGCACGUUCAGCUGCUGAAUUAGCCGAGCGUGCUGCAGCAUUUGCACGUUCAGCUACUGAAUCAGCCAAGCGUGCUGCAGCAUUUGCACGUUCAGCUGCUGAAUCAGCCGAGCGUGCUGCAGCAUCUGACAUUGCUAAGAUCCUAAUAAGCGAGCUUACCAAGAGAAGGAGCAACGAGUUCUCAGCUCCUCAACAUCAUAACGACACCAACAACUCAAAUGGUGGUGAUUCUGGCUGUCCUUCAACAUCCCCAAACCAAACUGAUGCCUGUCAAAACACCGCGACUCAGCAGCUAACGCCUGUUUCGUCGUUUAAUUCCUCUUCACCAUGCGACAAUGCUCUUCACCUACCUCAGAGACUGCCAUCGAUGGAUGAUGAACCAUAUUUUUCCUACCCAAACUUGUUCACGUCUCAAGGCUCGAACGUCAGUGCUAAUUCGCAGUCGCCUAGAGAGUCCAACUAUUUUUGGUUUGGGUCUUUCAUGCACCCACUCGGGUUUUGCCUCUGGUGGGCCAGGGAGAUCACCUAUAACAUCUCCUGCCAUGAUAAGUGAUGGUGGGUCCAUUAUUCAUUGCAGCAAAAGGCGAUUCCGUCGCCUUGGCGGCCCCUGCACUCCGGCCUGAAAUCAUGUGAGGAGGUUCAAUCAGGGUACGCAGUAGCCCGUUAAGGGUCGUCUUGGCGGCCCCCGCACUCCGACCCGACAUCAUGUGAGGGGGUUCAAUCAGGGUACGCAAUAGCGCGUUAAUGGGGAGGCCUUAACUCACUGACUACUAGAAGCCAUCUCCCAAGGCCUCACACUUGUGCCUGAGAGAUGAAAGCAAUUACACGACAAUAAUGGAAUUCGAACCCAGGCUCAUUGCAGCAAGAUCUGCCCCUCCGUUGCCAACUGUGUUACGCCCCUGCGGGCAGUGGGUCCAUCAUUCAUAUUUGUGGGUAUUGUAGAAGAUGUAGUGGGAGAUGUUAUAUGUGAUAUGUGAUCAUCAUUCUGGGCUUUUUGAGCUAGCUUGUCGAACUAGAAUAUUCUACGAAUUUAAAAGUAGGGUGCAUUCGAAAAAUAAUCAUAAACUCUUCGAUACACUUCGAUACAGGUGUAUACAGUAUUUAUAGUUAUUUGU